ACUGCGACGGAAAGCAACACGGAGGACGAAGGGCCAAAACCGGGACCGAACAGCAAUAAACGCAACGAACGGAGGAAUCGGCCGGGUUGGGAUCCACCUGCUUCCUCGAACAACCAUGGAAGUACAGAAAACGAAACAAAGAGGAAGACGAUACUCAAGACAGUAUCUUUGUCAGCAAUGUGACCGUACCUUCACCACAUCAUCAGCGCUAAAGAAUCAUCAGAAGCUUCACUCUAGAGAGAAACUAUACAGCUGUGACCAGUGUGGCAAAACAUUUACUGCAAGAAGUAACCUAAAAAGUCAUCAGCAAGUUCAUGCAGGAGAAAGACCAUACACCUGCACCGAAUGUGGAGCAGCAUUUAGAAGGUCAAGUACGUUGACAAUCCACAAUCGUGUUCACACUGGAGAGAAACCAUACUCAUGUGAACAAUGUGGAAAAGCAUUCUCUUGCAGAAGUCAUUUACAGAGUCACCAACUUGCUCACACUGGAGAGAAACCAUACUCAUGUGAACAGUGUGGAAAAGCAUUCGGUCACAGACCUGAUUUAAUGAGACACAAACUUGUUCACACGGGAGAGAAGCCUUAUAUUUGUGAACAAUGUGGAAAAGCAUUCUCUCAGCGCAGUCAUUUACUGAUUCACCGACGUGUUCACACCGGAGAGAAGCCUCAUAUUUGUGAACAAUGUGGAAAAGCAUUCUCUCAACGCAGUCAAUUACUGAUUCACCAACGUGCUCACACGGGAGAGAAACCUUACUCAUGUGAACAGUGUGGAAAAGCAUUCUCUCACCGCAAUAGCUUAAUGAUACACAGACGUUUUCACACUGGAGAGAAGCCUCAUUCGUGUGAACAGUGUGGUAAAGCAUUUUCAUGCAGCAGUCAUUUACUGAGUCACCGACGUGUUCACACCGGAGAGAAGCCUCAUAUUUGUGAACAGUGUGGAAAAGCAUUCUCUCAUGGCAGUAGCUUAGUGAAACACAAACGUUCUCACAUGGGAGAGAACCCUUACUCAUGUGAACAGUGUGGAAAAGCAUUCGCUCAACACAGAAGUUUACUGACUCACCAACGUGUUCACACGGUAGAGAAGCCUCAUAUUUGUGAAAAAUGUGGAAAAGCAUUCUCUCAACGCAGUCAAUUACUGAUUCACCAACGUUCUCACACAGAAGAGAAGCCUCACUCAUGUGAACAGUGUGGAAAAGCAUUCUCUGACAGCAGUCAUUUACGGAGACACCAACAUGUUCACAAUAAUGAGGAUUCUCUCUAGUGUAAACAGUGUGGGAAAGUAUUUGUGAUGUUACAUGUGCUGCCUUUCUCGUGCCCCAGUAAAGGUUGUGUGGCAUCACCAUUAGGCCAAUAGGCGAAAGACAACAUUGAAACAAAAACUAGGCUAAACAUAAUUUAGAUGUCAACCAUAAUAACUACAGUUUCUUUUCUAUUCUGCGUCAGCGACGUGCCCGGGGUGGGGAAUAGCCACUGCCCAUUUGCCCUCACAAUUCGAAGUGCCCUGAACAAUGGCAAAUAAUUAAUUUUUUUCCUACUCCACUCUGGGUUUUACUUUUCUCGUUCAAGCCCAAAUAGCCACAGUCUCUGUCAGUCUCUGCCCUUAAAAAUGUCUGCACAGCACUGACCUGUGUAAUGAAAAAAAUGUCUUUCUUAUCAUAUAGUCUUAUCUUAUAGUUUAUGCCCCAUUGUGUGCAUGGAAUUCAUCUCAUUCGGUUGUCAUAUCAGUUUUAUGUAUUAUAUGGGGAAAAAUUGUUCUUCCUUAUUCUAUUUGGUUUUUAUAUGAUUUAUGGCUUCUGUUCGGCAAUUAAUAACCUGUGUUUUGUCUUACAUCUGUUUUAUGUAUUUGACAUUUCACCUAGAUUGUUCAAUAGUUGUCUCUGCCUGAUAGAAUCUGGACUCUAGCUCCCAAACCCAAGGCCAGGGAGUUCUGUCUCUGUCUGACUUACAGAGACGUACUGUAGUGCUCCUUCCUCUCUGAUAGUCCGACACCAGUGAUGCAGGUGUGAGAAUGUAAACAUUUCCACACACACUGCGACAGGGAUGAGAUGGUGCAUGUGGUUUGAUUGGGCUAGAAAAACAUUUCACCCUGGACAGAGGGGUUAAAAGGCAGAAGUAACUUGAGGACUUUUUGCAUCACUCCUACGUGGUGUGUGCCGUAAUCUCCCCGGCUGGUUUUUGGUUUGUUGAUGUGCACGAUCGGCAUCCAUGUUUUUGAUUUGCUUUCUCCAUUAUUUUUGUAAUAAAUCACACAAGACAACUCUCUCUCAUCUGCUUGUUUAUGGAAAAUUUCCACCGACCACAUUGCUUAGACAGAGUAUGGUUUAUGGUUGUUUCUGCAUGUCACUCCCUGGAUCUAGUUCCUAUCUGACUCCCGAAACCAAGUUUGAGGAGCUGUCUCUCGCUCUUUGUCUCAUGACUUUUAUUCCUCUUUCUCUGACAGCGAGACGUCAUUGGUACCAGGUGGAAGAAUGUUAACAUCUCCAUUCGCAGUCACAUGGAUAAGGUGAUAACAUGCAAUUUGAUUGGACCAGAGAAGGACACUCCACCCUGCCAGGGAAGGAACAGAAGGCAGGAGCAACUUGGGCAUUCUGGGAUGUUUGCCUUGUACCUUCGUGGUGCAUGUUUUGAUACCCCCAUAUGGUUUUUGGAUUACUGAUUGUUCACAUCAGUGUUUUAAUUUGUGUUGCCAUUACUGUUUUUACUAUUAUUGUUUUUGUUAUACCAUCGACUUACACAAAAGACAACUUUCCUCUCUUCCAUUCAACUUCUUCUGGAAAUUUCCACAAAGGAAUUUUUAAUGGGAGUUGACCAAAAACACGUGGAGGAUUAUUGAAGAACAAAGGGACACUCAGAGUCCUCCAUAAUAUCUAUGCAGUGAAAUUAUCACUUACUUCUCUGCAUGGAGUCGCCGGGCAGUUCAAAAUGACGUAAAACACGUCAACUGACCUGGUGAAUUUUGUGGGAUUUUAAUUAAACUACUUCAUUUUGUAGAGGCAACAUCAGUUUCCCUGCUGCCAAUUUCUCUUAGAUGAAGUUACAGAUUCUCCUGCUGACCGAGGGUUUUGCCUAAAUGAAUUCCAAUUAAUGAAUUCUUUGCUUUGAUUCAAAAAAAAAAGGCAGAGGAGUAACAUGCCCCACAGUCAGGUACGUUCCAAUCACAGAAGGAUGGAAGGUUCAUCUUGGAGCAAUGCAUUCUGUGUGUUGUAGGAUUUGACCAUUUUCAGCCAGAUCACAUAAUGCUGCUACUUUUUUCUGUUUUCCCUCGACACAGGCCAUCAAAAGUACACAUUUUUGCACAUUUUGGCUAAUAAAAUGUCCAAUUUUCAUAUUACGACUUGCCUUUCAGCGUUGAAGUAUCUCUUCAACUUUCCUUUUCUGGGUUGGUUGACCGUGGACUGGAGUUUAUACCACGCUUUUCCAUUACUCUGAUGCAACAGGUCAUAAGGCACUACCUCAGCAUGGUCUUGAGACUUUGUCAUGUAGGAAUGUUAUAUAUUCCUCCCUAAAACUGACUUUCUUUCCUUUUUCCUUUUCAAGCUCUGAAGAUGUUGACCACAUGGCAGGUGUGAUGCUGCAUUUUUGACUGACUUUGGUGACACCUGGCGGGGAAACUGAGGCACAACAUAGUACCAGGUGUAACAAAAUGUUUUAUAUUUCGCGAUUGCUCCAUCAUCUGCAACCCCCAACUCUCAGCCCAACUUUGUGUGUGUGUGUAGUGUAGUGUAGUGUGUGUGUGUAGCGUAGCGUAGCGUAGCGUAGCGUAGCGUCUACUGUCCUUGUUCUCUUAAUUUUUUAACUUUCACUUUCACAUACAAAUGACAUUUUGCAUAUUAAAAUAUGUGACUAUCAAAUAUGGGCCACACUGUGGGACAACAAGCUAUUAAACAACCCAAUACUUAUCCCUGUAUAAAAAUACCAUAUCUGCUUUUUUCUUUUGGAAAAAUUGGAACAUUAGUCUCAGCCAAUUUCUUGUACAAUACCACUACAUUGUUUCUUUCAAACUCUUAAAUGAUAUUUCUUUACCCUACUGUAGCUACAAAUCCUCUGCUUUGUUUAGCUUUAGAUUUGAUUCAUGGCCUCCUAUCUUGUGUGGGAAGUUUAAACUUCAAUCCUCCUGAUGUUUGAUGAAUCUGGUCCUGCUGAGACACACUAGGAAUAACUCUGUGCUGCAUGAUUUACUGGUUCCAGGUGAAUUAAAUUUCAAAUUCUAAACCUGUGUUGGUAAAGUUGUUUUCAAAAUUUUAUUGUAUAUUCUAAAUUUGCUUUUGCACUUUCUUGCUCUCAGGUUUGCAGGGUUUGGCUCAGACAUGUGUCUGUUACAGAUCACCUGUUUAGUCGAAACCCAUAUGCAAGACUGAACAGGAAUGGCAAUUUAAAACUCAACUCAAAAUAAACUGCCAGGUGGGCACAGCAACACCAGGUCGUCUAACACAAAAUGCUGCUGAAGCAAGAACUACAAUUUAGAAAAUACAAACAAAAAAGAUAGAAACUAACAAACAAAAUCACUGCACUUGCUGGAAAUAAAAUUUACUAUUUCAAUUCUAAGUAAUUCUAAAUACAUUUACUGUCUGACUCAAGAUUAACAAUUACGAGGUUGGAGGAGGAAAGAUGACAUAAAACGCUAAAAUUCCACCCCUAAAACCAUCAUGUGGUGCAUUUAACAAAAGACACACAAACAUUUAGUUUUAUAGAGCUAGCAUGGAGGUGCUGCGUUGAAUGCAUUAGGUGUCAGUAGUCUAUAGGUUGGGUGGGGAUGCUCAUCAAACAACACAUAAAACACUACAUAGAGCCUAUAAUGUACUGUACUUUGCUCAUUUGCAUGACUGGGAUAUUGGAAUGUUCUCUGUCUAUACUUUAAUCACAUCACCUCCAUGACCAGUGUUGUGAUGCUCUAACGUUCAAACACUGAUCAUACUUUGAAAUUUGUCAUUCUGUUAGUUUGUCCUAAAUGUCAUUGAGAAAUACUGUAUUCAUCAGUUCUUUUAGCAAAUAAUUAGUUACUAUUGUAACAAUGUGUUUAAAUAUUCAAAAAAUGAGCAGCUGGGCACUGUUGCUACAGUUUGUAGAAGAACUUUAUAUAAAAUAUAUAAAAAGGAAGUACAGACGACCACUUUUUCCGACGACCCAUUUAUUGACUUUAUUCAAGUCGUCCAUGCUGGUUUUAACUGCUAUUGUUUAUUAAGAGAUAAGUGACUUUUAGAAGGUUUCUAACAACCUGUUGUUUUUUAAGCAAUGAAAUAAUUUAAGAUUAUGAGAUUAGUUUAUAAAAACAGUGAAUAGACUUGUAGCUUCAGAAUUACAGUAGCAGAACCUUAGAGCUACAGUUCAGCAUGAUUCUCUUUGAGAGACUGAAUAGCUUUCAUCAUUUGUUCCAGUUUCUCUUCACCCUCCUUUUUUUGUGCAGCGAACACCUCAUUCUGACUGUUCACAUGAGCAUUUACUGUCUCCAUGUAGCCUUGGAGAGUAGCCAAAACAUUCUCCACAGCAAGAAAGUGGUCAGGGAAUUUGUUCACGUCUUUUCUCAUCCACGCUGCCAUGGAGUUGAUCACGUUGGUUCCUUCAUUUAAUAUAUCUGAGGUGCUGCUCAUAUGUGCCUAAUGGAGGAAAACAAAACCAGUUUACAAAUUAGACACUAUUCAGUUUAUGAUGUCAACUCAUGACACAUGAAUACAAACACAUUUUUUCACCUUUGUUAAGAAGCUCUUGUCAUUCAGUGCGCAUACAUACAGUAAGUGACUGACUCACCUCAACUCUGUCAAUGAAGUGUUGUGCAUCUUCCACAAGCUUGUUCUGCAGAUCCAGAAAAAGCAACAUACAUGUACUAAACAUCUGAGCAUGAUAUUGUCAUAUUGUCAUUAUGUUACAAAAAUAUAGUGUGUCGUUGUAUUUAUAUAAUAUUUCAGCACCAGUUCCUCGGUAUUAAGUGAAUUUGAGAAGGACACCAGACAGAGCAGAGUGAAGGUGAUGAGCAGGCCUCCAACACCAGCACAUCCUCUGCUCCUGGAAAAACCUGUCGAUGCCAUCAUGGAUCUAGAUAAAACUGAGAAAGUUCAGUGGAGAAUCAUAAACACAGGCGUGAAUCAAAUCUGAGCUUCAACAUUUGUUGAGUAAACGUUGUAGACUGAGUAGAAACUUCUGAACUUACGUGUGAUGAAAGAAGAGCUGUAGGACAGGUGAACGAUCAAACGUAAAACUGUAAAUUGAGAAACUACUUCCCCUGUUGCCCCACCCUCUGCAGCCUCCGAUGCACUGCCCAACUUAAGGGGUUAUUUUACUAUAUUUGCAUUUUUCCUAAUUCUAAAGCUGUGCUGAAGUGUUUUACAUAGUUUUUUGCAUUUGCAUUUCCUUAUUUUGCUUAGAGUGGGGAAAAAGCACAACUACUAGUUUGUCAGCCUCUCGAACCUGAACAGGGAGCUGGUUCCACAGCAGAGGAGCUUGGUAGCUAAAAGCUCUGCCUCCUGUCCUACAUUUAAAGACUCUAGGAACCACAAGUAGCCCAGCGCUCUGAGAACAAAGCGUUCUGCUGGGAGCAUGAGAACCUAUGAGGUUUAUAAGAUAAAAAGGAGCUUUAUUAUUCAGUGUUUUGUACAUGAGUAGGAGAAUUUUAAUUCUAUCCUACAUUUUACAGGCAGCCAGUGAAGAAAAGCUAAUGUAGGAGAAAUGUGAUCUCUCCCAUCAGAACUCGGGCUGCAGCAUUUUUAAUAAGCUGUAGGGUCUUUAAGGAUCUGUUAGGACAUCCUAUGAGUAAAGAGUUACAGUAGUCCAGCCUAGAGUUAACAAAUGCAUGGACCGGGUUCUCUGCAUCACUCUGAGAGAGGAUGCAGAGACCUAAAGCUGCAGGUAAGAAAGAUCUGCACUAUCUCUCCUUCACACAGAAAGGGAGGAUCAGUCUGUAACUUAAGCUGCUCUCCAGAGCAGACAGUGAGUCCUCCAGUGGGUGCGAGUCCUGGUCCAGGAUGGAUGUCAGUUUAGCCAGAACCCUUCUCUCACCACCUCCUGCACCGCGUCCAGAGUGCAGCCCAGGACAGAGCAGGUCUUUGAUGACCCUGUCCAGUCUCUUCCUGUCCCUCACUGUGAUGCUGCUGCUCCAGCAGAACACACUGUACAGGAUGACUGAGGCCACACACACUACUGAGCCUCAUUUGGGCUUGUUUUAAGGACAUUAAAUCAAUGUUGGAUCAGCCUGUAUUGUGUUUUUCCACUGUUACCCCCAAGCCUAUUUUCUGGUGUCUUUUAAAAAAUGGCAUAGCAUGUUAAAGAUGUGUACAUAUCUGCAACCAUGAGGCCUAUUUAAAUGCUUUUGGUGUCAUAACGUAGGGCACACUUUUGAGGUGUGAUAAUGUCACGGUUUGAAUCAUGUUCCUGUUUUAAUUUGAAAGGACUUCCGUCUCUGGUCACAUCACAGUAGUUCCUGUGUUACUUCCGGUUCUCAUUACUCACACCUGCCUGUGAUCAGUAAUCACUCACCGGUAUUUAAGCUCCAGUACUCACACAAACCAGUUGCCAGAUUGUUGCGUGUUCUCACCACUAUCCAGCGUUACUUACCUGGUUGACUCCCGAUUUGGAUCCUGUUUCUGACUGUCAUUUCCUGAAACCUGCCUGAUCCUCGUCUGUCCUGUAACUGUGUCUGCCUCGUAAUUAUCCUGCUUGCUUUUUGACCUGAGUCUGCCUUGCCCUGAACUGUACCUUAGCCGAGACUGCCUGUUACUGAACCCUGCGUGUUUUUUGGACCUGAGAAAGCCUGCUCCUAGCCUGUACCGACACCGUGCCUGACUGUGUAUGACCCUGCCUAAACUGACCUUGUCUGUGCCAAAAUAAAGACCAUUAUAUUCCAUCCUA